CUCUCUCUCUCUGUCUCUCUCUUCGUCGCCGGGGCCCUAGCCAUGGUGAAGAGCCGUAAAACCCUAGGCGGCGGCGGCGGCGGCGGAGGAGGGGCGGCGGCGGCGACGGCGUCGGACUCGGAGGUGGGGUUCGCGAAGCUGCAGGGCGAGGACUUCGAGUACUACAUGCAGACGUACUCGAUCAUCCUGGGGCGUAACAGCAAGAAGUCGGAGGUGGACGUCGACCUGGCGAGCCUGGGCGGCGGGAUGAACAUCUCCCGCCACCACGCGCGCAUCUUCUACGACUUUGCCCGCCGGCGCUUCGCCCUCGAGGUCAUCGGCAAGAACGGCUGCCUCGUCGAGGGCGUCCUCCACGUCCCCGGCACCCCCCCCGUCAAGCUCGACUCCCAGGACCUCCUCCAGAUGGGCGACAAGCAGUUCUACUUCCUCCUCCCCUCCCGCUCCAUCUUCGACGCCCGCCCCCUCCCCCGCCUCCCCUCCUCCUCCUCCUCCUACCCCGCCCCUCCCCUCGCCCGCUACGCCCGAGGCCGCGGUGUCGCCGGAGACGACGACGACGAUGACGACGUCGACGACGACGAAAAUGGCGGCGAUGAUGAUGGCCAUGGCGAUGAUGAUGUGGACGAAGAGAACGAGAUUGAUGGGCCGAGGGAAGAGGAGGAGGAGGAUGAAGAGGAGGAGGAAGAGGAAGAGAUUCGGCCCGUCGUCAGUGGUAAGAGGCUGAAGAGCGCGGCAGGGUCCGAGCACGCCGAAGGUUCGAAGCCCGGACCGUCCGGGCGAUUGGUAAAAAAGUCUGAGAAAAGGUCAAGAGCUGACAGGGAGGCAGAUAAUAAUCAACUGUUGCAGUUGGAAGAGAAAGAUGUCAUAUCUUCUGUAGCUACUGUGCUAUCUGAUCUUUGUGGCCCGGGAGAAUGGAUGCCGAUGACAAGACUUCAUGAAGUGCUCUUGGAAAAAUAUGGCAACAUAUGGCAUCACAGCAGGGUUAGAAAAUACCUAACAUCCGAGGACUUGCCGCAGAACGAAACCAAAGGGAGGCCAUGGUUUGGCUUGUUGGCACUGCUAAGGAAAUAUCCCGAGCACUUUGUAAUUAACACGAGGACCAAGGGGAGGUUGACUCAAGAGUUUGUGUCCCUAGUUUCCCUACUUUCUUAGCUCCCAUCCUUGUUUCUGUAUUGUUUCUGUAAUUCUCUCCUUGUAAGUUCAGUAGAAGGGCAGUUUCAUGUUGUACUUCUCAUAGCUUCUUCAGUUUUCCUUUUUUUUUCCGUUUUUCUUUUUCCCUUUUUUCUCUCUCUUUUUUCUUUUGUGAUUAUCAUCAUACUUGAGGGCUACAAUUUUGAGAAGAAUCGCAGUCAUUUUUUUUGUAUGAAAAAUUUGUGUAUAGCCCCCUGUUUUGCUUUCGUGAGGAUCAUACUUGAGAAUUACAAUUUUAAAGUAAGAAUCAUGGUUGUGAUAUUUUUAUAGGUAAA